ACGUGAUAGCGUUGUGCUGACUCAGCAGACGCAUGCAACGGUUGACGGUGUCAAGGCUCUCUUUCUUAUCUGCUGCAGGACCACGUAAUGUCGCGGUCAGGGAAGAAGAAAGGAGGUCCCGGGUUAGGUCGAGCCAUUCUGAAGGAGCGAAAUAGAGGGAGGCGCUCCCAAAACGGCGGCAGCUGGUUGCACACGAGCGAACUGGACGACGGGCUGGACUGGAACAAAUUGAACCUGCGCUCGGUGACCGAAGAGAGCCAGUUGGACGAAUUUCUCCGGACAGCCGAGCUGGCUGGCACCGAAUUUACUGCUGAAAGGCUAAAUGUGAAGGUAGUUGAUCCCUCUCGGCCACGGGGCGGUCUACCUUCAGUCGAAGAAGAGAGAGAAAUAGAGAAAACCCACAGCAGGUUUCGUCAGUUCAUUGGCAUCCCAAGAAGACCAGUGUGGGCUCCGUCCACUACUCCCGAGCAGCUGGAUCUCUCAGAGAGGGACAGCUACCUGGCCUGGAGGAGGAACCUGGCCAGACUGGAGGAGGACGAGGGGCUCAUCUUCACUCCCUUUGAGAAGAACCUUCAGUUCUGGAGACAGCUCUGGAGAGUCAUUGAGAGAAGUGAUGUCAUCGUUCAGAUUGUGGACGCCAGAAAUCCUCUUCUCUUUCACUGCGAAGAUUUGGAGAAGUAUGUUAAAGAAGUUAGUGCCGAGAAAGUGAAUCUACUGCUGCUUAGCAAGGCUGACCUAUUGUCACGGCAACAGAGGUUGUCAUGGUCACAGUAUUUCUCAGAGAGAGGAGUGGCAGCUGCUUUCUGGUCAGCCCAACUUGCAGAACAAGAAACAACAACAACAACAACAACAACAACAGAAAUGUCGUCAACAGAUGUGGAUGAUAGUAUGGGUGGUGAGCCCCUCUCGUCAGGUGCUGAAAGAUGAAAGUGCGGGGACUAGCCCGAGUCCGGAGAUCCUGUCCAGAGAGAGGCUGUUGCAGCUGUUCCGGGACCUCUCCCCUGUUCCUGAAGGAGGACUGACGACAGUGGGUCUGGUUGGCUAUCCAAAUGUCGGAAAAAGUAGCACCAUUAACGUUCUCUACGAAGAGAAAAAGGUCCCCGUGUCGGCAACGCCGGGUCGGACAAAGCAUUUCCAGACUCUCCUCAUCUCCGAGCUGCUGCAGCUCUGCGAUUGCCCCGGCCUCGUCUUUCCCUCCCUUGUCUCCACGAAGGCCGAGAUGGUCGUCUCGGGAAUCCUCCCCAUAGACCAGAUGAGAGACCACACCCCUCCCGUUUCCCUGGUGUGUCACAGAAUCCCUCGUUACGUACUGGAACGGGUGUAUGGGAUCAGGCUCCCACAGCCCUCCGAAGGGGAAGACCCUUCUCGUUAUCCGACAGCCCUGGAGCUUCUCUCGGCCUACGGAUAUCUCCAUGGUUACAUGACGUCGCACGGUCAACCCGACUGUCCUCGCAGUGCCAGAUACAUACUCAAAGACUACGUUAAGGGAAAACUGCUUUAUUGUCACACUCCCCCUGGCGUCACCCCGGAGACUUUUAACUCCAUUCCCACUGAAGCAAGAGCACCAGCGGCAGAGGGAGUGGGGGAGGGCGGUAGUGAGAGAGGGGUUAAUUCACCAUCCAUAGACAAAGACAAAGGAGAAGGAAAAAGUGGCGGAGUUACUCUGAGCGAAUUUGACAAGCAGUUUAUGGAACAGGUGAAAACCGUAAGUAAAACGGUAUAAACAAUAAUAUAUUCAAUGCAGGAAGAGGUGAGAGCCAUCACUAAGGGUUGCCAUGGAGUCAGAGGCUUCAUUAGGAAAUCCGGUGCCAAUCAUCGCCUUUCAUUAGGACAGGGGCAAGGGGGAGAGGGGGAGGAGGAGGAAGGAGAGGGAACGUCUGAUGCAGCUAGUGUUACUAGUUCCAUGGUGGGUGUGGGGAAACCAUGGAAACGGCAUAACAACCGAAACAAGAAGGAAAAGACACGUCGCACUGUCCACAUCAGUUGAUCUGUUUCGUUUUCAUGUACAGUAGAAAUAAAGAUUUUGAUUGCUGAUUAUGAUA